AUGGCCAUUGAGGCAGUUCUGCACACCAGUGAACAGAAGAUGCUCCCGGCAGCUGGAUGGGUGGCUGCCUCACUGGAAGCCAGUCUUGAGGCGGGACUUUCACAACUGCUGCUAUGGCUGGGGCUAUUGCUCUGCAUCUUGGGGCUCCAAGCAGGAGGUAAGGAAGAACAGAAGUGCCUUCUGGAAGGCAAGAACCUGACCAUGACUUGUCCUUACAGCAUCAGGUUAUACUCACUCAGCCUGAAGGCCUGGUAGCGGGUGAGAAGCUUGGGUUCUCCAGAGGCCUUGGUGCUCACAAACACCAGAAAUACAGACUUCAAUUUUGCCCAGGCUGAGAGGUACUUGCUGGAGGAUUAUCCCACUGAAGCCGUUGUCAAGGUCACGGUGAUUGGUCUGCAGAGGCAGGAUGGGGGGCUGUACCAAUGUGUGGUCUUUCUGUCCCCCGAGAGCCUUGUUGUACUGCAUGAUCGGAUUCGGCUGUUAUAGUGCCAAGACCAGCUCGUGAUGGUGAUCGUUCUAACAUGUGGCUUCAUCCUGAACAAGGGCCUGGUGUUCUCAGUCCUGUUUGUUUUUCUCUGCAAAGCUGGGCCUAAGGUGUCACAGCUUUCCAAGACGUCCGAAGUACAGGGAGUCUCUGAGAAACAGUAG